UCUGGCUCCGGUGGUGACAGGUUGUCCAGCUUCUUACAGCCAUCUUCACUGAAACUAAGGUUAACUCCUCACUCUCUAUGGACGGCUACUCUCGAUUUCCAAGGGCGUGAAGAAUUUUCUUUUUCUCCUGUGCUUUCAUCUAAAAUUUCUCCUUGGAUAAUUAUCAUCACAGUGGAUUGCCUGGGUUGGACAUCCUCAUCUGGGUCAACUAAAAAAAGAAAGCAUGCAAGACGACAGCAUAGAAGCUUCUACUUCCAUAUCUCAGCUUCUAAGAGAGAGCUAUUUAGCAGAAACUAGACACCGGGGAAACAAUGAGAGAAGUCGAGCAGAACCGUCCUCCAACCCUUUCCAUUUUGGCAAUCCUUCUGGAGCUGCUGAAGGAGGAGGAGGCCAAGAUGACCUUCCAGAUCUUUCAGCCUUCCUGAGCCAAGAAGAAUUAGAUGAAAGUGUCAAUCUGGCAAGACUGGCCAUCAAUCACGACCCUUUGGAGAAAGCAGAUGAAGCUCAAGCCAGAAAACGUCUUUCAUCUGAUCAAAUGAAACACUCACCUAAAUCAAGUUUUGACCCCAACUUCUGUCAGGAUAACUCUCGAGGUCCUACCAGCUCUAAAGAGAGUCCCCAUGAGGCAAAAAGGCCGCAGUAUAGCUCUGAAACCCAGUCCAAAAAAGUAUUCUUAAAUAAAGCUGCCGAUUUCAUUGAAGAGCUGUCCUCCCUUUUCAAAGCCCAUAGCUCCAAAAGGAUUAGACCUCGUGCCUGCAAAAACCACAAGAGUAAACUGGAAUCUCAAAACAAACUUACGCAGGAAAAUAGCUCCAGUUUGUCAGAUAUCUCAGAAAGAAGAGAAAGAUCUUCUAUUCCCAUCCCUAUCCCUGCAGAUACUAGGGAUAAUGAAGUGAAUCACGCCCUUGAAAGGCAGGAAGCUAAGAGGCGCGAAGCUGAGCAGGCUGCCAGUGAGGCGGCUGGUGGAGACACCACUCCAGGCUCUUCACCUUCAUCUUUGUAUUAUGAAGAACCUCUGGGGCAACCUCCUCGGUUCACUCAAAAGUUACGGAGCAGAGAAGUUCCAGAAGGAACCAGAGUACAGUUGGAUUGCAUAGUGGUAGGAAUUCCACCACCCCAAGUAAGGUGGUACUGUGAAGGAAAGGAGCUUGAAAAUUCCCCAGACAUUCAUAUUGUCCAGGCAGGAAAUCUGCACUCAUUGACCAUUGCUGAAGCCUUUGAAGAAGACACAGGGCGCUAUUCCUGCUUUGCUUCUAACAUCUAUGGGACAGAUUCAACCUCUGCUGAGAUUUAUAUAGAAGGGGUUUCUUCUUCUGACUCAGAAGGGGACCGUAACAAGGAAGAGAUGAAUCGAAUCCAGAAGCCAAAAGAAGUAUCAUCUACUCCCACUACUUCUGCAGCCAUUCCUUCAGCAGCACCCCAAGCCCAGCAUGUGGUGGCCCAGCCCAGGGUGUCAGCCAUCCAACAGUGUCAGAGCCCUACCAACUAUCUGCAAGGAUUGGAUGGAAAACCUAUCAUUGCAGCUCCUGUGUUUACAAAGAUGUUACAGAAUUUAUCAGCCUCUGAAGGUCAGCUGGUGGUCUUUGAAUGCAGAGUAAAAGGAGCUCCAUCUCCUAAAGUUGAGUGGUAUAGAGAAGGGACCUUGAUAGAAGAUUCUCCAGAUUUCAGAAUUUUACAGAAAAAACCUCGAUCCAUGGCAGAACCAGAGGAGAUUUGUACUUUGGUCAUUGCUGAGGUGUUUGCAGAAGACUCUGGGUGCUUCACAUGUACAGCCAGCAACAAAUACGGCACGGUGUCAAGCAUUGCACAGCUCGAUGUAAGAGGAAAUGAAGACCUCAGAAAUAAUGGGUCUCUUCACUCGGCCAAUUCCACCACCAACCUGGCUGUUACUGAGCAACAGCCAUCCCCACCCAACCCAGAGCCCCCUUCUGUGGAACAAGCCCCUAAACCCAAACUUGAAGGAGUUCUGGUGAACCACAAUGAGCCCCGGUCCAGCUCAAGGAUUGGGCUCCGUGUGCACUUCAACCUGCCAGAAGAUGACAAAGGAAGUGAAGCAUCUUCUGAGGAGGGUGUGGUGACCACCAAGCAGACCAGGCCCGAUUCUUUCCCGGAAAGAUUCAAUGGACAGGCAGCAAAAAUCCCUGAGCCUUCUUCACCCAUCAAAGAACCCCCUCCAGUUCUGGCCAAACCCAAACUUGAUUCCAGUCAGCUACAACAGCUUCACAACCAAGUCCUACUGGAACAACAGCAGCUGCAAAACCCAUCUCCUUCCUCUCCUAAGGAGUUUCCUUUCAACAUGAGUGUUUUGAACUCCACUGCUUCCCAGGCGGUGACGAUGCCCAGCAAGCAGGUGAAGGCUCCUUCAUCACAGACAUUCAGCUUGGCUCGGCCAAAGCAUUUCUUCCCCUCUCCAAACACCACCGCAGCAACUGUGUCCCCUUCCAGCUCGCCAGUGUUCACCCUGAGCAGCGCUCCUCAAACCAUUCAGAGGACAGUGAGCAAAGAGAGCCUCUUGGUUUCUCAGCCCUCCGUGCCAAACAAAUCUCUAGGAGGAGUUUCCGUCCCAAAUGAGCCACCCCCUCUAGCUCCAGUAGAGCCAGCACCAGCACCACUCACGUUUGCCAUCUCCAGUGGAAACCAGUUUCAGCCCCGCUGUGUUUCCCCAGCUCCUGUCUCUCCCACCAGCCGGAUUCAGAACCCCGUGGCUUUCCUCAGCUCUGUUCUGCCUUCUCUCCCUGCCAUCCCUCCCACCAAUGCCAUGGGGCUGCCCAGAAGUGCACCAUCUGUGCCAUCCCAGGGACUAAUGAAGAAAAACACAAAGUCUCCCCAACCGGUGAAUGAUGAUUACGUUCGUGAAACUAAGAAUGCGGUCAUUCAAGACUUGGGGAAAAAAAUGAAUUUCAGUGAUGCCAGAUCAAACCAGCAGGAGUACAAAAUUUCAAGCUUUGAGCAGAGGCUGAUGAAUGAAAUAGAGUUUCGCUUGGAACGUACCCCUGUUGAUGAAUCAGAUGAUGAAAUCCAACAUGACGAGAUCCCCACGGGCAAGUGUAUUGCUCCCAUCUUUGACAAAAGACUCAAGCAUUUCCGGGUUACAGAAGGCUCUCCAGUGACAUUUACCUGCAAAAUUGUUGGAAUACCUGUUCCAAAGGUUUACUGGUUCAAAGAUGGGAAGCAGAUUUCAAAGAGAAAUGAGCACUGCAAAAUGAGGCGAGAAGGAGAUGGGACGUGCUCUCUGCACAUCGACUCCACCACUGGUGAUGAUGACGGCAACUACACUAUCAUGGCUGCCAACCCCCAGGGACGAAUCAGCUGUUCUGGCCACUUGAUGGUACAAAGUUUGCCCAUUCGCAGUCGACUAACAUCUGCUGGUCAGUCUCACAGAGGAAGGUCCCGAGCACAAGAGAGAGACAAAGAGCCCCUACAGGAACGCUUUUUCCGACCACAUUUCCUGCAGGCUCCUGGGGAUAUGGUAGCUCAUGAGGGGCGCCUCUGUCGGCUGGACUGUAAGGUGAGUGGCUUACCGCCCCCAGAGCUGACGUGGCUGCUCAAUGGCCAACCGGUGCUACCAGACGCCUCCCACAAGAUGUUGGUCCGAGAGACUGGAGUCCACUCUCUGCUCAUUGACCCGCUCACUCAACGUGACGCAGGGACCUAUACAUGCAUUGCUACCAACAAAACCGGACAGAAUUCCUUUAGUCUGGAGCUCACCGUAGUAGCCAAAGAAGUGAAGAAAGCACCUGUGAUCCUGGAGAAAUUGCAGAACAGUGGAGUUCCCGAAGGCCACCCAGUGAGGCUGGAGUGCCGGGUGAUAGGCAUGCCACCACCUGUGUUCUUCUGGAAGAAGGACAAUGAGACCAUCCCUUUCACCCGAGAAAGGAUCAGUAUGCACCAGGACACAACAGGGUAUGUCUGCCUCCUCAUUCAGCCAGCCAAGAAAUCCGACGCUGGAUGGUACACGUUGUCAGCCAAGAAUGAAGCUGGCAUUGUGUCGUGCACUGCGAGGCUGGAUAUAUAUGCUCAGUGGCACCAGCAGAUCCCACCGCCCAUGUCGGUCCGGCCCACUGGCAGUCGCUACGGAUCUCUCACCAGCAAAGGACUUGACAUUUUCUCUGCCUUCUCCUCCACGGAAAGCACAAUGGUGUAUUCAUGUUCUUCUCGGAGUGUAGUGGAGAGUGACGAACUUUAGGAAUGUCUGGGUGCCGGCUGUGUAAGGGGGCAGACUGUGGAGGGGGAAGGAGGACAAGCCAGACACAGCGGUUUCCAAGCAACUGGAUUUGAGUGAGUUCCCAUGCUGCUGGACCCGUGGCAAGAAGUGCUUCAAAUAAGUCAGCUGGGGACUCUUGCUGUCUCAGCUAGGGGAAAGAUGUAGGGCUGUGCCUUUUAAAGAUUCCAACAAAAAUGUGAGAAGACGAUAACAGAUGAACCAAAGAUGUCAUGAAGUCAUCCACUGCUUUGGGAGAAAGCUAGCAUGCUCCCCUGUCCCCUGCUAUGUUAGGGAUAUUUAGGCCCUAUUAGGAGUAAUGAGGGGCCAUAUGUUUGGGCUGAAAGGAGUUAGACAGUAGUGACCUUAGGAAUCACUAACUCACCAAACAAUGUAAAGGAAAAAGGUGGGGAGGUCUCCAUUACCUUUCAUCAGUUAAAUCCAUAGCAGUAGUUUUGAUGGAUUCAUUUAAUCAGCUUCUACUUAGCCUUAAGAGAUUGUGCCAUACAACUCACAGAUGUGGAGAAGCACUUUUGAUUUACUUAUCCUGAGUGUACUGAGCCACGUAUUAAGGUGCCAAAAUGUGCUUGAGAUACC